GCGUAAAAGUAAAAGAGGGAAAGCAAGAGGUGCGGGAAGAAGGGAGAAAGGAAAGGAAAGGAAAAGAAGAAAACAAGAAGGGUUUGGUAGUUUGUUUGAUUAUCUACGGGUUGUUAUCAUUUCCAUCCAUUUAAUUCCCCACAACCACGCUCACCUAAGUUUCAAUUUCAAUCCCUUUUCUUUUUCCGUUACAAAAUAAUUCAAAAUUCCCUCCCUCAUUUACCCUUGUUUGUGUAAAGUAGUAGCAGAGUGAGACUAGGUAUCAUCGAUGGCAGGGUACAAGGGCGAUGACGAAUACGAUUACCUCUUCAAGCUGGUUCUCAUCGGCGAUUCCGGUGUCGGCAAGUCCAACCUGCUUUCGCGCUUCACGAGGAACGAGUUCAAUUUGGAGUCCAAGUCCACCAUAGGGGUUGAGUUCGCCACCAAGAGCUUGGACAUCGAUGCUAAGGUCAUCAAGGCUCAGAUUUGGGACACCGCUGGCCAGGAAAGGUACCGUGCCAUUACUAGUGCUUACUACCGAGGAGCUGUUGGUGCCUUACUUGUCUAUGAUGUCACACGCCGUGCUACAUUUGAGAAUGCUGCAAGGUGGUUGAAAGAGUUGAGAGAUCACACAGACCCCAACAUUGUGGUCAUGCUUAUUGGAAAUAAGUCGGAUCUUCGACACCUUGUUGCUGUCCCAACAGAAGAUGGAAAAUCUUUUGCAGAGAAGGAAUCUCUCUACUUCAUGGAGACUUCUGCUUUAGAAGCAACAAAUGUUGAAAAUGCAUUUACUGAGGUUCUUUCUCAGAUAUACCGCAUAGUGAGCAAGAGAGCAGUUGAGGCCGGCAACAAUGCCAGUUCUUCUGCUGUCCCGUCCAAAGGACAGACAAUAAAUGUGAAAGACGAUUCCUCAGUUUUGAAGAAAAUUGGAUGCUGCUCAAACUAGAUGCUUCAUCUAUGGCAGUUGGUUUUUGUAGACUAUUUCAUCUUGUAAAUGCCUACACUGGAAUCGUGAUAUCAUGUAGAAUAAGGCUAGUCUUGCAUAUUGUUUUGAAUUUACAAUUUACAAGCAUCAUCCAUACACAGGAUUAUGUUUCCGUGAAACGGUCAUUCUAAAGACGUGUUUGAAACAAAUAGGUCUACAUCAAAGUUCAUAUAGCUUAAGUUUUAUUUGAAGGAUUUUGAUAUUUGCUAUGCUCUAAUUAUGGUGCAGCUAGUAACAAUUCGAACGUCUGCUUUAAAAUUGAAGUUUCAAUGUAUGGAGCUUGUGUUUAGUUUC